AUGAGCAGCUGUAAACACAUCCGCGAUAUCUUGAGUCCCAAUUAUGUUGCUACAAAAUCAACUACUCCGACCUCGUCGCCGUCAGAAAAUCUCGAGGCUGAAUACCGUCGAGCUGUUGAUGAAAUCGAGAAGCUUAAGAGCACAGUGGAAAAGUUGUCGAAAGAAAACAGCGGAUUGAAGAUUGCUGCAAUUCGGUCUGAGGCAGAUUCUAUGGGCUCCAAACAUAUCGUAGAGACGGCUAAAGAGUCUGAAGUCAAGUUACGCAUUGCAAUCUUAGUCGCGAUAAUAGCAUUGGUUUUCGGUUUAAUCGUUGGAAAGCUGUUUUAG